ACCCAGGCGAAGAAGACGACAACGAAGAAGAAGAAGACGAAGAGGGUUUGGCGUUGAUUCUUAAACAAAGCUAAUACAUGUUACAGGACAUCUGCUAUCUGACAGGAGCGAAUAACUCAUAAAAACACUGACCGAGGACUGUCCAGUGAGCUGGUGCUGUGUCCGACUCGUUCUCUGCGUUGUGUUUCGGACUGUGAUCUGAGUGCAGAGAUUAUGGAUGUGAUCCGGUGUCUGCGUUCUCUCCUGGACCUCCAUGUUCAGCUGCAGAGAGCUGUAGCCCUUCAGGGAGAAAUCCAGGCCCAGUUUCUUGCUCAGCUUUUGCGUCGAGACAACACAAGCCCUCAGCAGCUGCCUCUUCCACAGCUGGACUUAACCGGGGAUGAUCUGGAGCUUUCCCUAUCUGUCUUUGAAAGGGCUCUGGAUGACAGCAAACUCCCAGUGAAGCAGUGGGGUUCGAGAUUGGCUCAGCUCCUCUGUGUGAAGACAUCGGAUGAGGAUGAUCAUGAGCUGAGUUAUGAAGCUGUAAAAUCGGACAUUCGGAGGCAGGCAUGUUCCUUGGAGUACCAGAGGUGGAGGGACUUUAACAAGGUCCAGUAUGAUCCACAUAAGGGGGUGCGAGAGCUGAAAGUCGGGGUGGAGGAAGCGGCAAAGAAGUGGCUCCAGCCUGAAAGGUGCAGCUCUGAGGAAGUGGUGAGAAAAGUGGCCCUGCAGAAAUUCCUCUCUCUACUUCCACCAGAUGCGAUUGACAAGACGAGUGAAGAACAGCCACAGAACAUGGAGGAGGCUGCUGUCAUAGCUUCAUCCUUCCUGGAAAAUAACGGUGCUGAAUGGAACAGAGACGGAGAGAGACAACAUGCUGAAGCACAGACUGAUCAUGGCUACUCAAGGGAUUAUCUCAACGCAAACGAUCUGAAGAAGCUGGACUCGGAGCCAGGAUUCCCAUCUGAGAGCCACAGUCUGGAAGUUACUGUUGGAGAUGAGCAUUUUGAAGAGGAAGAGUUCUCUGAAGCUAUGCUUUCCCCAUCAAUGGUUGACAUAAAGCCAAUCCUAAAUGCUGAAGACACACUUUCCGUUAGAAAUGAUUCUCACGUUCUGCUUCACGGACCCUGCUAUAGCGGUGAAUCGGUUAAGUCUUCACCGAGGAGAGCGAAUAAGAAUGGGAACAUAACCACAGCCCCAAAAUUAAAACGCGUACUUGAGUGUCCAGACUGUGGUAGCAAGUUCAAGAGGUUUGACUAUCUAAGAAAGCACAUCUGUACCCCAGGGCAAAGUCUGGGGUGUCAACACUGCGAUCUGCGUUUCCCCUCCAUCUCGCAGUUAACCAACCACCUGCGUGUGCAUCGCAAAAUGCUACACUGUCCAGACUGCAACAAGGCUUUCAGAGACCGCUUCAACCUCCGCUGCCACCAGCGCACACACACAGGCGAGCGGCCUCAUAUCUGCGCCGACUGCGGCUCUGCGUUUGCUCAGGAGCGAGGGCUACAGGAGCACCGCAACAUCCACACUGGCGAGAGACCCUUCCAGUGCCCAGUGUGCAGGAAAGGCUUCAGCCACAGCCGGACGCUUGCCAAACACGUGGUUGUCCACUCGGAAGCGAGGCCUUACAUGUGCUCCGAUUGUGGCAGAGCUUUUAAGAUUAAAGACAACCUGCAUCAGCAUCAAAAGAAAAUGCAUCCCAGCAAAUACUUGUGAACACACCCUGCAGCUGAAACACACACUAUUGAGCGAGCCGUGCAAUUCACAGUUUAUAACACGGUACAAUGUCCAGUUUAUAAUGCCAGUGAUGUUUAAGACCUCUUUCUGCACAGAUACAGGGAGGGGAAAUGAGAGUUUGGACAAUAACAUGCUUCCGGUUCAUAUAUCCACUUCAAAUGGUCACAUUAAUGGUCUUUUAAUUAGAAAAGAAAAAAAGUGUGUAUUCCUCUGUGUUUACAUAGCUAUGUUUAAAAAAAAAAAACAGAUAUGGGGAAAAACAUCAGACAUUAUAACUGUUCCCCUCAGUGUGUAUGCAAAAGGAAGAAAAAUCAUCUUCCGUCAUGGAACUGUUCAAUAUAAAGGGAGAUUAUAUGACAACUAAACCUACACCAAAUAAAUUGUGAAUCUGCAGAUCCCCUGCUGCAGCAGUCUAUUCUAAAGGAUUGGCAGGUUUAGGCAACUCUCCUACUGCUACACAAACACACAUCAUACAGUUAUAUAGCAUCACAUCACCACAGUCUUUAAACAGAAACAGAUGAGUUUAAUUCUCAUGUAGCAGUUAACAUUUUUAACUACAGCGUGUCCCAAAAUCCUCCAUACAAAGGGAAAAAAAUGAACACUUUUAAACUAAAUGACCUCCACCAGUUUUCAUACUUAAAUUAUGUUGUAUAAUUUUUAUCAGCUAGCCUUUGACAAUGCAUUUAACAAAACAUACUGAAAUAAUUCUCAUGGCUGGAUCAGGAAGCUAUUACAAAGUUCCUGAUGGACUUUAACUGGGAACAUGACAAGCACAUUACACACGACUCUGCUGCCGAACUGGGAGCCGAACUGGGAGAGGUGCUGCUGUGUGUGUUCACAAAUAAAAAGUCAAUUAUGUAGAAGCUGUUAUUGUAAAUAAAAAUGCAUUUUGCUAAAAAAAAAAAAAAAGUUCAUUUCACCGAAUGUAAGGAGACUUCUGUCCCCCCUCUGUGUGGAGUUCUGUGUUUCAGUCAUGUAGCUCAUCUGAUUGUGUUUGUUUGAGGAGCUCACAGACAGACACUUUCAAAUUCCUUUUAGAAGUCUUGGUGCAUUGUUACUCAGACUGAGAAGGUAAACUUAAGACUUAUAAAAAAAUAUUUCAUGUGCUGUUUGGUGACUUUCACCAGAUAAACAGUAGACCUGACCCUGGGCGAGUGUGUAUUGGUCAGACACCACAGUGUUGCCAGAUUAUGUUUUUAAGCACAAUGGAUAAAGGAAAUGAUCUUGGGGUGAUGUAAGCUGGCAGUGUUUAUCUGUGCUGGAAUUAAAUGUGUAAUUAAUAUUUUUGACCAAAAAAAAAAAACAUUCAAAGUGAACAAUAUUUGAUCAUAUUCUAUUUAUAUUUUGCAGACAU